UAAAUAUUUCGUGACUAACUUAACUCCAUUAAAUAAUUGAGGUUAGAAAAUAUAUUUUACAAGUUUACUAAAAAAUCUAAAAAUUAGAAUAAAACUAGAAAUAAACAUGGAAAGUGAAGAAGAUGAUAUGGAUUGUGCACCUGUAGUACCAAAUAUUAAACGAGAUGCACCAAAUAUAUUAAUAACAGGUACGCCAGGCGUUGGAAAAUCCACAUUGUGUAAAAAAGUUGCCGAAACUACAGGAAUGAAUUGGUUAGAAAUAUCAAAAAUCGCAAAAGAAAACAACUGUUUAGAAGAAUAUGAUGAGGUGUAUCAAUGUCCUGUAUUAGAUGAAGACAAAUUAAUGGACGGGCUUGAAGAAACCAUGUGCCAAGGCGGAAAUAUAGUGGAUUAUCAUAGUUGCGAGUUCUUUCCAGAGAGAUGGUUUGAUGUGGUAUUCGUGUUGAGAACAGACAAUACAACUUUGUAUGACCGUUUAAUUAAAAGGGGUUAUGCAGGGAAAAAGCUGGAAGAUAAUGUGGAUUGUGAAAUAUUUCAGGUGGUUUUAGAUGAGGCAAAGAAUUCAUACAAAGAAAAUUUAAUUCAUGAAUUGUCAAGUGUUACGCCAGAAAAUUUAGAACAAAACUUAGAAAAAAUAUAUUUAUGGAUACAACAUUGGUUUGAAAAUAACCAAACAUAAGAGUGUGAUAAUAAAAAUAAAUAAAAAAA